AUGUCUUUUCCAAGAUCAAGAAUAAUCAAUGAUAGAGACAUUGAAGAGUACUUGUCUGCUCUGGAAGGAGGAUAUCUGUCAGAAGAUGGCAUGGAAAUGUCUGAUACGGAAGAUAAUGAGGAAAGUAUCUUUUACACCAACAGAAAUGAACCACUGCAAGACGUAGAGGAUGAUGAUAAUCUGGAAAAUGAACCUACUUUACAUAAAGAACAAGUUGAUGUGCAUGAUCCCCCUCUGAUUCUAGAAACUGUGGCAUCUAAAACAGGAGAAAACUCUGCUUGUUCGACUUGGGUGUUAGACAAGAGGAAGCUAAUUUGGAAGAAGAGUACACUUCAGUUUUCUGAGUCAAAUAUUGAAUUUGAAGGAAGCACUGAUCUAGGUACUAAAAUAACAGCCCUAAAAACACCAUAUCAAUGCUUCAACUAUUUUUUUACACCUGAACUUUGUAACAAAAUAAUAUCAGAAACUAAUCUAUAUGCCAACCAAUUAAAUCCUGAAAAUAGAUUUAAUUUGUCUCAUUAUGACCUGAAAAAGUUUUUAGGCAUUCUGCUUUACAUUUCUGUUCAGCAUUUCCCCAGCACACGCAAAUACUGGUCAAGAAUUCCUAAUAACAAACUACCAGACAAAAAAGAGAUGAUGAAAAAAAAUACCCCUAGGGGUACUUAUGAAGAAAGAACAGCAUCAUAUGACGGAAUUGAUUUAGCUUGCAUAGCAUGGAAGGACAAUAAAAUAGUGACUAUGUUAUCAAGUUACGUAGGAGCAGAGCCUGUUUCAACCGUCAAAAGGUUUGAUAAAAAGACGAGGGAAAGAGUUGAUAUAUUGUGUCCAAAGUCCAUUACAGAAUAUAACAGUCAUAUGGGGGGUGUUGACUUGUUAGAUAGUUUCUUGGGUAGAUAUCAUAUAAGAGUAAAAUCUCGCAAAUGGUAUAUUCGUAUAUUUUUCCAUUUGUUUGAUCUGGCUGUUAUCAACUCCUGGAUUAUAUAUAAAAAUAAUGCAAAAAAAGAAAAUGUUGCAAAAAAGAACAUUUUAAACUUAGGUGAGUUCAGAAACGAGCUGGCCUAUGUUUUAUGUAACUCAGGCACAAAUGAAAAUAAAAGAGGUCGGCCUAGCUCUUCCAGCCUGGAGCAGGAGUUGCAAGCUAAGAAGAAGAGGUUACAAUCAAAACCAAUCCCUCCAUUGGAUAUACGGAUGGAUGGUCUUGGGCACUGGCCAGAUGUUGGUGUGUCGCUUCGUUGUAAGUAUCCACAUUGUACAGGAUACACCACCAUAAGCUGUGCCAAAUGUGGCAUAAAUUUAUGCCUAAACAAAAAUAAUAACUGUUUUACUAAGUUCCACACUACCUAA